AUGGCCUUGCGAUACCUCGCCUGGCUGGGCGCCUUCGCUUACUGCGUCGCCGGCAACUUGCAGUUCCUCUCCCGGCCAGAUCUGUCGCCACCGAGACUCAAUAUCACCGUGCCAGCUUCCCCACAGACAGAAUCAGGCUACCUGUUUAUCACGGCCGCGCAUGGUGAUGGCCCUGGAAGUGUCGGACCCGAUCAACCGGGGGCUUACAUUUUCCGCGACGAUGGCGAAUUGGUCUGGUCGGGCGCAGGCUACUGGGCCGGCUGGGUGGCCGACUUCAAGCCCGUCACGAUCGAUGGCAAGCCGGCCUUGCGUGCUUUCCAGGGGCAGGUGAUCCCUUCAACUGGUCGGAUGCUGGGAAAUCAUGCCAUUCUUGAUAAUCGGUACGAGACUCUUCAGGUUCUCCAUGCAGCGUCGCAUCGCCUGAGUUCGGCGCACGAGUUUGAAGUCGUCAAUGGGAGUUCGGUGCUAGUGGAGACACCGAUCAUGACGCUGGCGGACCUGAGUCGUUAUGGGGGUGAUGAGGAUCAGAAGUUUCUUCUUGAGGGUGCAUUCCAGGAGAUCGACCUCAAGACAGGCGAACUGCUCUUUGAAUGGUCGUCUCAAGGCCGAAUAGAUCCAGCUCACAGCGCAGUCCCCUUGGACAAACAAGGCACAUUUGAUGCCCGUGCUUACUGUUCAGCCUGGAACUACUUCCAUGUGAAUAGUGUCGACAAAGAUGACCAAGGCAACUAUCUGGUCUCAGCCCGCCACUACAAAGCCAUUUUCAAAAUCAAUGGCACAGAUGGUUCGAUCAUCUGGCAACUCGGCGGAACCCAUGGAUCGGAUUUUGACAUCCCAUUAAACCUAGAAUUCGCCUUCCAACACGACGCACGAUCCCAAUACCGAUCGCCCGACGGGGUCAUUGAGCGUAUCACAUUCUUCGACAACGCAGCAUAUUCAGCACCAGGCAGGGAAAUUGCGUCCUCCUCGAGAGGCCGAUACGUGGAGUUGAAUCAUACCGCAGGAACAGUCAGAGAUAUACAUACAUACGAUGCACCUGACGAUCUCAUUGCACAUACGCAAGGGAGCUUCCGAGUCCUCCCAAAUGGGAACAAGCUGGCAAACUGGGGUAGCGCCGGCGCCCUGACUGAGUUCUCGGAUGAUGGAGCUGUUCUUUUCCACGCCUACCUUGAUUCCUACCCUAACAAGAAUGUUGAAAGCUAUCGUGGGUUCAAGGCGAACUGGACUGGUUUCCCCAGUGAGGAGCCUGCAGUGUUGGCUUUGCACGUGGGGGAUGGAGAUGCGGCUAUCUUUGUGUCAUGGAAUGGGGAUACGGAAACGAAGUUCUGGAAGUUCUACCUGCUGAGCGGGGAGGCUCAGGGUGUCACACUUUCCUUGGGCCACCAACCAAGAUAUGGCUUUGAAACCUGUUUUGAGACCCACCUUGGCUUGCUCAUGGGGCAAUCCGGCAAUCUGUCUAUUGUUGCUGAAGCUUUAGACUCGAAAUACAAGGUGCUUAGGAAGAGUCGACCUGUCGGCCUCACGGACGAUGCACCCUAUCGGAAGAUUCUAGAUGGGCUAAGGUUGAAUGGAGAUCUUCACGCUGUAACAAGGAGCCGCAGUUUAGAGCUUUGA